GUCCGUUACAUCGACAAUGGACACCGCAUUCCCCCUCUUUAUCACCAGGUCCGGGCGCAGUCUCUGAGUCACAAUCGACAUGUUUUCGGCGUCCCCGCUGCUUUCUUUAUUCUAGCCACAAUAGCAUCGUGCCUCACCAAGUAGAGCGCGGUGUACCGCAUACAGUGAUCGACGACGUGGGAUAGGCUUUCUGUUAUGUACCCACAUCGCCGACAACUACGGUCAUCGGCCCUCCAUUAAGAGGAGCCGUUCAGCGGCACCAAGUUCAACCGCGCCUUGUAGAUGAGCCUCCAGUCCGCGAACCGCGUGAAAUCUCCCGACUCGAUGAAGUGCGUAGAAGCCGAGUCGACCGCCACGCACUCCAUGGCCCUGCCUUGGUCCGACUUCGCGGCAAGGGCCUCAGACCUCUUCAACCUCUUCAGACAGAGCGACUCCCGGAUGGUCCUCAUGACCUCCAGACGUUACUUUCGCCGGAGAAUCGCCCCGCCAUGGGUAAUGGCUGUAUUGUCACCAUCCACAGUCCAAGAGACGCCUAGUCGUUUUGAUGCAUUACGUGCUCUUGACCAAACAUUGGCCACACCACCAUACCCACGCGAUUCGCGGAAUACGCCGUCCUCUUUACCUGACAGAUACAGGCCCACCUCGGCCACAUCCGCGUUCUUCCGUAGACGCAUCCCAGUCGUCUCCUGUGCAUGGGCUGUCGCGUCCGAUACUAGGCGGUCGUCCGGUGACGUGAACAGCUUGAAACCGCUGUCGACCGCCGCGAUGUCGCUGUCUUUCGCGAACAGUAGUAUGCCACAUCCACCGCAUGCCGUCGAACCAUAGUGGGAUUCUCCGGCGGCCUCCUACAGAAGAUUAAAAGUCUUCUUCAAUUCCAGCCGGAAUUCACCCUGUGAAUGAACAUCUAGUCCGCGCACCGCGUAAAGUCUAUCGAUUUGAUGAAAUGCGUAGAGCAUUUUUGGUUU